GCCGGCCGGGCAGGAUUUCGGCCCGCUGGACCGACCAGCAGGCCGGCUAAGCGACUGACCCUCGGCCCGCGCGCGGGUCACGCCUACCUCUUUUUGUAGACAUGGAUUUAGGUGCUGUUACAAACCACUCAACAUUACAUGCCAAGCCCAGUGGACUUGUUCUUCAAUAUGGAACUGCUGGAUUUCGAACAAAUGCAGAACAUCUUGAUCAUAUCAUGUACCGCAUGGGAUUGUUAGCAGUCCUGAGAUCAAAACAGAUGAAAGCUACCAUAGGAGUCAUGGUCACGGCAUCACACAAUCCUGAGGAAGACAAUGGUGUGAAAUUGGUCGAUCCUUUGGGUGAAAUGUUGGCGCCAUCCUGGGAGGAGCACGCUACACGUCUGGCAAAUGCUGAGGAGCAAGAUCUGCAGAGAGUGCUUGUUGACAUCAGUGAGAGUGAAGCUGUGGAUCUGCAGCAAGAUGCCUUUGUGGUGAUUGGUAGAGAUACCAGACCCAGCAGUGAGAAACUUUCACAUUCUGUAAUAGAUGGAGUAACUGUUUUAGGAGGUCAAUUCCAUGAUUAUGGCUUGUUAACAACACCACAGCUGCACUACAUGGUGUAUUGUCGAAACACCAGUGGCCGAUAUGGAAAGGCAACAAUAGAAGGUUACUACCAGAAACUUUCUAAGGCUUUUGUGGAACUUACCAAACAGGCUUCCUGCAGUGGAGAUGAAUAUAGAUCACUUAAAGUUGACUGUGCAAAUGGUAUAGGGGCUCUGAAGCUAAAGGAAAUGCAACACUACUUCUCACAGGGACUAUUAGUUCAGCUGUUUAAUGAUGGGACCAAAGGGAAGCUCAACCAUUUAUGUGGGGCUGACUUUGUGAAGAGCCAUCAGAAACCUCCAGAGGGAAUGGAAAUGAAGUCUAAUGAAAGAUGCUGUUCCUUCGAUGGAGAUGCAGACAGAAUUGUGUAUUACUACCUGGAUGCAGAUGGUCAGUUUCAUCUCAUAGAUGGAGACAAGAUAGCAGCGUUAAUUAGCAGUUUCCUUAAAGAUCUCCUGUUGGAGAUUGGAGAAAGUUUGGAUAUUGGUGUAGUACAAACUGCCUAUGCAAAUGGAAGUUCAACGCUGUAUCUUGAAGAAGUUAUGAAGGUACCUGUUUACUGCACUAAAACCGGUGUAAAACAUUUGCACCACAAGGCUCAAGAGUUUGACAUUGGAGUUUAUUUUGAAGCAAAUGGGCAUGGCACAGCAUUGUUUAGUAAAGCUGUCGAAGUGAAGAUAAAACAACUAGCAAAAGAAUUAGAAGACAAUAAAGGAAAAGCUGCUAAAAUGCUUGAAAAUAUUAUUGACUUGUUUAACCAGGCAGCUGGUGAUGCCAUUUCUGACAUGCUGGUGAUUGAGGCAAUCCUGGCUCUGAAAGGCCUGACUGUACAACAGUGGGAUGCUCUCUAUAUGGAUCUUCCAAACAGACAACUCAAAGUGAAGGUUGCAGACAGGAGAGUUAUUAGCACCACAGAUGCUGAAAGACAGGUGGUUACACCGCCUGGACUACAGGAGGCGAUCAGUGACCUGGUGAAGAAAUACAAGCUCUCCCGAGCAUUUGUCCGGCCCUCUGGUACAGAGGAUGUUGUCAGAGUGUAUGCAGAAGCAGAUUCACAAGAAAAUGCGGAUAGCCUUGCACAUGAAGUGAGCUUGGCAGUAUUUCAGCUUGCUGGAGGCAUUGGAGAAAGACCCACACCAAAUUUCUGAGGAUAAUUUUUAUGUUUUGAAAACUGGAUUUUUAAAAAGCUUUUACAAAACUGUAACAGUAACGGCAGUACUAAGACAUUCAUAAUCAUGUUUACAUGCACCUUACUGGAUUGUUUGUAGAUCAAUCUUUUUUCCUAAACACUACUAGAAUAUUUUUUUUAGAAAUAGGUAAGUGUUUUAUGCUUGUUACAGAAGUUUACCUCUAAUUAUAGUCUCACUGAUAUAAAAUAUUGGGGGCUUAAGUAUAUGAUUCAGUCAUUAAUUUUAUAGUAUAUGCACAAAUCAUUCAGAGUGCUAGAAAAUUAAAUCUUACUACCAACUUCUUGUCAUGUUUCUGCUGUGGCUAAUACCUAAUUGAGGUGUUGCUUUACAGCCUUCCCCAUCCAUGAUACAAAAUGAGGAGGGUGGAGAAGACUUUUUACUACCAAAUUUUCUGUCAUCAGCCUGGGUAUAAGAUAACUUACCUGUCUGCUUAGCAUCAUCAGAAAUUCAUAGGUGGAAGCCAGGAGGUGGUCUUAUCUCUCCUCCACACUGAGGGGGAGGUGCCUGUGAUGUCCUUAUGAAGCCACACAUUUCAGGCUUUGGUUUUUCUUCACUGCUUUCAGUGAAAGGAUGUGGAAGAAGCAAAUCUCAUGUUACCAAGCCUCUGAUGGCAAACCAUUCUGAUACUAGAACAUGGUUAAUAAUGGAAAGAAGAAAAUCCCCAACCAAUCUAAAUUAAACCAAGCCUGAAACCAA